AUGUUAAAGCCAAAGAACAUUCUUGUUUACGUGACUGGAACUACCACCGGUCCAGUGCUAGAUGUAAGCGACAAAGUUGAAGUCCAGGUUAAAACAAAAAGUAUCCCUUCAUUUUUAGUUUGGCUGAUUACGGAUCCAAGAUUGUAUUAUCCUCUUCAUCAAGAAAAAGACACAAAAAAAUGGAACCAAAGACAACGAAAACGAGGCAGUGUUGAUGUCUACCUCUGGAAAGCUGUCAUAGAUCCUUCCAAGCUACAGGUGGAAGAUCAUCCACAGUUUAAAGGUGUCUGCCUUGUCAAAACAGAUGGAAAAAUAACUUCUCCUCGUUGUCCAGGAAAAGCACAUAAUUCCCUGCAACUACACAAGGAUCUAGAUCUAGAAUGGGAAAAAGCUGAGGUUCCGAAGUGUCGAGGAGGAAUGUCUUUACUGGAUUGUAAUUCCUUGGUGCAAGCCAUUGUAGAGUACAUGAAGGACAACUACCCUACUACACCGGAAGAGUUUAACUUUCAGGCGGAACUGAAAGUUGUUAGUCACUGGGACUGGUUCGAAGGAAAAGAGUCACCGAGACGUAAACCAGGUCCUCGUGACGACUUCCGUAUAAAAAAGGCAGUGAAGAAAACAUUUACAAAAUGGUGUAAGGAUGUAAGGGAUCAAGAGUCAGCCAGUCAGUCCUCAGAAUCUGAUGACGAGUACAUAUCAGGUUUAAAAGAAGAUAUUUGUGCUCUCAAAAUGUAUUUCAACAAAGGAGAGCUGGAAGAAGAUGAAACAGAAAAUGAGAAAUACUCCUAUGUGCAGUAUGAAAAUGAGGAUGAGUGUAGCCCAAUAAAACUAAAAUUGACCAAGGACAACGCACCAAAUGGGGUGGCCAAGAGCGCUCUGCAUUUGGAUGGAGACUUGCAUUACGAGGAGGAAACAUUACUGAAAAGAAGAUCAGGGAAAAGGUACUGGGAAACCACCAUCUCCAACUCUGCAACUCUUGUAUACAACGAGAUUCUGCUGAAAAUUGAGGGUCUCAAUGAGGUCCGUCAUUCGUCAAGCAUCUAA